UAAAUUCAAUGUGUUCAACUUUUUCAAAACGUAUUUUCUGUUUAGAUGUAUGCGGUAGUGCAGUUUACCGAGUCAAACAAUGUGGAGGUUGUGCCUUGCUCGUGGCUAAGUUUGGAUGGCAAGGUGUCUUUUUGGCCACCGUAUAAAGACACCAAGCGGACGAAAGUUGCAGUCAUCCAAAGCGCUAUGCCAGAUGAGACCUGGGGAGAGUUUUUUGUGGAGGUGGUGAAAACCUUUGCCAAUUAUGAUGCAGCGCGUAUGAACCUGAAAAAAGCCCAAACCAGGAGCACCCUGACAUCAGAUGAUGAAGGGGGUAAAAGAAGGAGAAUCCCUUCCUCAAAGCUGAAAGAAACUGUGCCUGCAGAUGAGGGGGAGAAGCAUACAAGGGCUAAGAAAAAAAAAAAAAAAGGAGUCCUCCACAAGCCCCUGCUUUCCCCACCUGCUUUUAGAUCAUCACAGCAGGACAUACAUAAAGUUGCUGCCCACACAUCAGCUGCUCUUGAACAGGCCUCUGCCCAGAUCUCUGGCAACAUUCAAAGUCAAUUCGAACGGGAUCAUGCACUCCUGCGUGCUGUGGAGGAGUUGAAGGCCUUGGUGAGGCAGAACAACCUCCUCCUCCAGGCCCUUACUAGGCAAAAAACUACAGCAGCAGCAGCAGCAGCAGCAGACACUCUAUCUGAGGAAUUUUAGUUCCCAAUGAACUGCGAGGAAGACCUUCAAAGGGUGGAGGAUCUUCUGAGGGAGAAAUCCCAGGAAAAGGCCCUGGUAUAGUCAUGACUUCUAUAAUACUGUUCAGUUCUUUGCUACAAUGCAUUACCAAAGAUCAAAGUGCAUGAAAGUCCUUGUGCACAACCCUUCAGCUUUCCAGGUGCAGGUGUUAGGCAGGAAAACGUGAUCAAAUAUGAAAAGUUCAUUAAACACCGCACACUGGAUACUGUUCUUUUUUCUCUUUAUUUUUAGGAGCGAACAACGCGUUUCGCCCAAUGCGUUUUCAGGUUCGAAACACCAACAGGCGGAAAAAUGGGCAGGAAGGAUGAUUGAGGCUUAUCGAAUAGCAAACGCAAACAGCCAACAGUCAAGUGCCAAAGGGAAAGCCCACUAUGACAAAAAGAGCAAAGGUGUGACUCUUCAAGCUGGAGACCGAGUCCUGGUACGUAACCUCAAUGAGAGAGGUGGGCCGGGGAAACUCAGGCCAUAUUGGGAGAAGAUAAUCUACAUUGUGAGAGAGCAGGUUGGGGAUAAUCCUGUCUACAGAAUAAGCCCAGAGAUGGGAGUUCGCCCCGUCCGCACCCUACAUCGAAACCUGCUGCUCCAAGUAAACGACCUACCGGUAGAGCCUCCUCAAAACCAAGUCACAAAUAGGCCCAAGCCACAAAAUAAAACCAAACAGUUCUCUGAACCCCUGAAGCCCACAGAACAGAGACAGAGUUCUGAGACAAGUGACUCUGAAGAGGAGGGUGUGUCUCAUUACUGGCUACGGGUACCUGUGGAAAGAGUUGAGAGUAACUUACCAAGGUCAAGUGUCACCAGCCCAAUUCGAAGCAGACCUGGACCGAGUGGAACUCUGAUCAGACAGAGAAACAAUGUGGAACUGGAAAGAGAAGUGGAAAAUGUCAUGGACGAGAGAGAUGUCAAUAAUGAGGAGCCUGAUAUAAACAGUGAAAGUGAGCAGGACAGGAAUUAGCCUCAACAGGACAUGGGUCAGGCUCAGUGUAACACUGAACAAGAGGAAUCACAAGUGACUCACCAAGAGGAGUGUGCGCCAGAACCGCAGCCUGAACCCCAAGUCGUGCUUAGACAAUCAGUAAGAGAAAGGAGACCUGGCUACGUGUUCACAUACCCCUCCCUUGGCCAGCCUGCCUACCAGUUACGUCCCACUGUGAACGCAGUUGACAUUCAACCAAUCCAUUGUGGCCACAUGUUCUACCACUACCCCUAUGCCCAUGCUUUGCAACCCCCAUCUAUUAUACCUCCAUAUCUAUACUCACUGAUUCAUUGCUUCUUAACAUUGGGGAGAUACUUACAUACACAUAGAUCUAGAUCUUACACAUCUUGUGAAGAAUUCAAAUCAGGUGUCAGGAGCCACUUUUUUUGAGUGUGUGGUACACUCAAAACUAGACCAAGAUUUCAAUAUGUAUUCUCUUUUUCGUGAAUGUAUAUGUAUAACCGUUGGUCAUUAUUUUACAUUAGUUUUAUUUACAUUGAGCAUUUUUUUAUAACUUAUUAUUACGGUAUACUUGGAAACGGAAGGGCGGUACCAAAAUGUUUGCGCUGCAGCCCAGACUCCUAUGGUUGGGGGGCGUUUCCGCUUCCUCUCCAGACGGAUUUCGAAGACCAAACAAGAGCAGUGCCGCUUCAGUCCUUGUAACACAUGUAUACCUGCUUUUCAGGUUUGUACUCCGUGAAACUCGCACAAAUAAUGAUUUUCAUGAAUCUGAACAUUUUAGAACAGUCGAUAAACUUUGUGUCGAGUUUGAUGUCUGUAAUAUCGAGUUAUUAACUUUUGAAAACUCCUUUGUUGGUUUCGCGCCAAAUAUUAUUGUGGAAACACACACACUGUAGAGUAUGUUUAAGUUUACUUUGGCCCUGAACACCUUACGUACAUGUUUAAGAAUCUAUUUAAUGUGAUUAAGAGUUAGAUGACGUAAUGAUAUUUUAGAGUAGGCUAUAAGAAAAGUGUUGAUAUGAUGUUUUAUAAUUAAAUGUUUAGUCGGUCUGUUAGGCAGGCAAAUCCAUUGUAGUUCCGACUGUGGUGUAAUGUUAAUUCCCUAGGUGAUGUUUAUUGUCUUGUUAUGGUUUAUUGUGGUUUAAAGCCAAAAUAUGUUAUUUCUAUUAUAGGAACAGAACAGUAUUUAAUUGCACUGUGAGAUAGCUCAAAACAACCAGUGAAUAAGCUGAAACAGGAACUUUAACGUGGAUUUUGAGGUGAACUAAGAGUGGAGAGAAACGGUACAUGUGAGCCUCACUUUUUAUUGCACUUUUUAUGUUUUAUUUGCAAAGAGAACUUACAAAGGAAUAAUAGACAAUUUAACAGGCACUUUAACGAGGGAAGAGUUUAUAUUUAUUUAUUUAUUAUUUUAUUUAUUUAUGUGUUACUCAUGAUAAUUGUGAAAUAAAGAGACGGGAAGACCAAACAAGAGCAGUGCCGCUUCAGUCCUUGUAAUACAUGUAUACCUGCUUUUCAGGGAGUCCGGUCUCAACACUCUAUUUGUUACCCCCGUCCUGGCCACUUGAGACCGGUAACACAUGCAUGGACAUUGUGCUCAAAUCCAAGCGGUGGUAGGAACGAAAUGAACAAACUGAACCGAGGAUUAUUUGGUUUUGACACUUUUUCUUUAUUCUGAGUACUCAGGGGUUUGUUUUUUUCUUUUGGUUCUUGGGCCCAAGACAAAUAAUUGACUAAACUGAUAUUAAGGUAUAUUUGAAGGGUAAACACUGUGAAAGGUACAAUUAGAAGGAACUAAGAUUCCUAAGCAGUGAUCAUUUUGUGUUUUUUCUAGUUCCAUGUGGGAUAUAUUUUAUUUAUGUUAAAGGUUGCAUAGGUGAUUUGC